AUGGCCGAGGAACAGAAACCCACCCCGGUGAACAAUGCCAUGCUGCAGGCUUUUGAGUGGUAUGUCCCAGCAGACCAGAAGCAUUGGGUCCGAUUGGAAAAGCAGGCCGCUCAGCUAAAAGCCUGGGGGAUUGACAACAUCUGGAUACCGCCCGCAUGCAAAGGCUCGUCAAAGGAGGGGAAUGGCUAUGACAUUUACGAUCUAUACGAUCUGGGUGAAUUCGACCAGAAGGGCUCUACUGCGACGAAAUGGGGCAGCUACGACGAGCUCAUGAAGCUGUGCGAAACGGCGAAGAAGACCGGUCUCUGCAUCUACUUCGACGCCGUCCUCAACCACCGCUUCGCUGCGGACCACAAGGAAAAGUGCCAGGCGGUGGAAGUCGACCCGGAUGACCGCAACAAGGAGGUAAGUGACCAGUACGAGAUCGAAGCCUGGGUCGGAUUCGACUUCCCUGGCCGCGGCGACAAGUACAGCAAGAUGAAGUAUCACUGGUACCACUUCAGCGGCGUCGACUACAAUGCCAGGAACGAGAAGACGGCCAUCUACAAGAUCAUGGGCGACAAGUCCCAGGGUUGGGCAGAAGACGGUGAUGUGGACAGCGAGAAGGGCAAUUAG